CGCGCGAGAUCGUCCGAUUUUGCGAGUCUAUCAGCUCACUACGUUCUCCUUGGUGUAGUCGCGGGCUUGAUUGAGUAGUUUUGGCUCGUAUCGUCGCGAAAGACGAAGAAACGACGUGCGAUUAGCCACGGAGACGACGUGCCCGUUGUGUUGUAUAUGUGUGUUAUGUCGUGACCCUCACGAUUAUACUACUUUCUUCCUCGCAUCCGUUUAACGAGUCGACGAGGAAGACCUACUUCGACGUCGCUGGGUUAUCAUCGAAUACCAGAGGCUCGACGUUUUCCUCGGGGCAAUCAAAGCUCUCUCCCGCAUAUACAACAGCACUGGUGUCGUUUCCCGAACGGCAUCAUGGAGAGCAUAUUUCACGAGAAGCAAGAGGGAUAUCUGUGUGCACAGCACUGCCUGAAUGCCCUGCUGCAGGAACAGUACUUCAACGCUGUUGACCUGGCCAAUCUGGCUGAGCAACUCGAUGCCGAGGAGAGGCUGGCCAUGGCAGAGAGCGGAGAGGACACAGAUGAUUACAAACGUUUCAUUGAGCAACCAUCGGGCAACAUGGAUGACAGUGGUUAUUUCUCAGUUCAAGUCAUCAGUAAGGCACUGAAGGUUUGGAACCUUGAGUUAGUCCCCUACACCAGUACAGAGCCAACCGCGCUGAUGGCACAGAAUGAUCCAGCGCAGAUGAACGCUUACAUUUGUAAUUACAAAGGUCACUGGUUCACAAUAAGGAAGAUUGGAAAUCAGUGGUUUAAUUUGAAUUCCAUGCUCAGUGGACCACAACUCAUAUCAGACACAUACCUGGCCAUGUAUUUGGCACAACUUAUUCAAGAAGGUUACUCAAUCUUUGUUGUAAAUGGAGUACUUCCUCCCUGCAAAGCCGAAGAGAUUAUUCUAAAGAACCCUAUAGUAAUGAAGCCAAAAGCAGACCAGCCAAAAGCCAGCACCGAAGAGGCAAGAUUUCCCUCGAAAGGUUACAGAUUGGGCACGAAGGCCGAGGAAGAUGCGAAGAUCCUUCAGGCUGCACGAGCUCUAGAAAACGUCAUGGUACCCUCGACCUCACGCGUCGACAGGCGACCAGAAGUCGAAAUCUUAUCCGAAGUUCCAAGACAGCCUCGCGAGAGGAUAAUUCCUAUCAAGGUAGAAGGUCGCGACGAUGUGCAGACGAUUGAAGACGACGACGAUAACGCCGAGUUGCAAAAGGCCCUUCAGCUCAGUCUCGAGAACUACGAGCUGGAACAGCGCGAUAAAAACCUGAAGCUCAGACUAGAGAAUCCCUCAACCUCGUCAACUAGUAAUACUUUUGCUACGGCGAAUAGCAUAGAUGACGAAGAGGACGACGAGCUCAGAAAGGCAUUGCAGCUGAGCCUCGAGUGCGUGACGGCACCGCCGACACCCGACCAGGAAGACGUGCGCUGGCACCGUCUGAACUACCUAAACAGAAUGAACUCGAGGGGCUCAACCUCCGAGGGCUCCACAAAAUUGAAUACUUAACAGACGGUUUUCGCGAUUUUGUUACUAAAUAAAUACCUUGUUACUUGUUUUUGAGCUUACUCUCUAUCUAUUUGUUCUCUACUGUAAAAUGUAAUUGUGACUAACCACCAGAAGACACACAAUACGUGGCGAAAGGGUACUCUUGAGGAUCGACACACCUUAGGCGCAACAAUGACAAUGUCUGUAAACUAUAACUGUAAAAUUUUACUUAAAUAAAAAAAGUCUAUUUCGUGAUUAGUUUGUUAAUUAAAAAA